AUGAGUCAGAAAUAUGCAUCCUUCAAAAUGUACAAGAAAAAUGCGGAUUUUGUGGAGUGCGAACAUCAGGUGCUGAAGUACUGGAAGGAGAACAGGUGCUUUGAAAGAAGCUGCGAUAUAAGCAAGGGGAGGCCGAAGUUUACUUUCUACGAUGGCCCGCCUUUUGCAACAGGACUGCCGCAUUAUGGACACAUUCUUAGUGGAACAGUCAAAGACACAGUGACAAGGUUUUUCUACCAGCAAGGAUUUGAUGUGGACCGCAGGUUUGGAUGGGACUGCCAUGGGCUUCCUGUUGAGUAUGAGAUUGACAAGAGCCUUGGAAUAAGCAGCAGGGAGGAGGUAUUAAGGAUGGGAAUAGCAAAAUACAAUACGGAAUGCAGAGGAAUUGUGAUGAAAUAUAGUAAGGAAUGGGAGGCAGUGGUCGAGAGACUUGGGCGAUGGAUAAGCUUUGAGAAUGGAUACAAGACGAUGGAUUUGGACUUUAUGGAGAGUGUGUGGAAUGUGUUUAAGAAGCUUUUUGAGAGAGGGAUGGUAUACAGAGGGUUCCGAGUGAUGCCGUUUUCAACAGCAUGUUCCACGCCGCUGAGUAAUUUUGAGUCGAAUCAGAAUUACAAGGAUGUGAGCGAUCCGUCUGUUCUGAUUGCCUUUCCGCUGCUUGAGCAACUUGAGGGGCAGAAGGUGAGCAUGGUUGCAUGGACAACUACACCAUGGACGUUGCCGGCCAACUGUGCGCUUGUGGUAAAUCCAGAGCUUGUUUAUGUGAUGUUUGAGCACAAGGCAGGAUACUAUUUGAUGUGCGAGCAACGAGUCGGGGAGUAUUUCAAGGAUGUAAGAGUGGUCAAGAGGAUGAGUGGAAGUGUGCUAGAGGGUUUGGAAUAUGAGCCGCCGUUUGGGUAUUUUGAGGAGUACAGGCAGAAGGGGUUUUUCAGGGUGCUUGGGUCUGGAUUUGUUACGAGCACAGAUGGAACUGGAGUAGUGCACUGUGCGCCGGGAUUUGGAGAGAGCGACUACAAUGUGUUUGUUGAGAAGGGAUUGAUACGUGAAAACGAUCUUGUGCCGUGCCCUGUUGAUGAGAAUGGAAGGUACACGGAAGAGGUGAAGGAAUAUGCAAAAAUGUAUGUGAAGGACUGCGAUAAGAAGAUUCUGGAUGCUAUAAAAUGCAAAGUAAUGAUGAACAGCAGGAUAGUGCACAAGUAUCCGUUCUGCUGGAGGUCUGAUACGCCUCUUCUAUAUAAGCUUGUUCCGAAUUGGUUUGUUAAAGUUAAGGACCAUGUCGGCAGGCUUUUGCGUAAUAAUGAAAAGAUCAACUGGGUGCCUGAAGGGAUCAAGUACAAGAGGUUUCAUAACUGGCUGGAGAAUGCAAGGGAUUGGUCGAUUUCUCGGAACAGGUUUUGGGGCACACCGAUACCUCUAUGGGUUACGGGAGACUAUGAAGAUGUGAUUUGCAUUGGAUCAGUUGCUGAGCUUGAGGAGCUGAGUGGGAAGACGAUUGUGGAUAUACAUCGGGAGAGCAUUGACGACAUUGUGAUAGUUAUUGAUGGAAGGGAGUACAGGAGGGUGGAUGAGGUUCUUGAUUGUUGGUUUGAAAGCGGAAGUAUGCCAUAUGCACAAGACCACUGGCCUUUCAGUGAGUCUAAGAGAGGUGCAGAAGGAAGUAGUGGCGGAGAGUGUGUGGAGGAUAGAGUUAGGAAGAUGGGGAUGAGUGGAGAUGGCAGCCUGGUGAAGAAGGGGUUUCCAGCGAACUUCAUUGGGGAAGGCCUUGACCAGACACGGGGAUGGUUCUAUACGCUGCAUGUGAUAUCGUCGCUUUUGUUUGAUCAGCCAGCGUUUCUGAAUGUGAUAGUGAAUGGAAUAGUGCUUGCAGAGGAUGGGCUGAAGAUGAGCAAGAGAUUGAAGAACUAUCCAGACCCGUGCCAUAUACUGAAUACAUAUGGAGCAGACUCUUUAAGGAUGUACCUGAUAUCCAGUCCUGUUGUUGAGGCUGAGAAUCUAAGAUUCAAUGAGAACGGCGUGAAGGAUGUGCUGAAGACAUUGAUUAUUCCGUGGUACAACUCUCUAGGAUUUUAUAUUGAGAGCAGGGAUGGAUUGAAGAGUGCAGAGCUGCUGCAUGAUGCGGAGUUGCACAGUGGAGCACUUGCACUUGAUGAAUGGAUCAAGAGAUCGCUGGGAAACUUUGUUGAGGCUGUGGAGAUAAGAAUGAGAAGAUAUGAGCUUUCUGGAGUGCUGAAUCUAGCGCUUGGAUUUUUGGAUGAUUUAUCGAACUGGUACAUCAGGAUGCAUAGAAAGGAGAUUAAAGCAGGACAUCAUGGAGUGCUUGGAGAGGUGCUGGCAAUGUUUUCGAUUGCAAUGGCGCCAUUCACUCCGUUUUUCAGUGAGUAUUCGUACCAGUCAGUGAUGCCUGGAGAAAGCGUACACUUCCAGAAGUAUCCUGAAUGUAGAGGAGGAAGACACGUGUUUGAGGAGGCAAAGAAGGUGAUAUGUGCAGUGAGACGGCUCAGGGAGGCAAAUGCAAUAUCGUUGAAGACGCCGCUUAAAAGCGUGAUGCUGUUGAGUACCAAUGACUUUUAUGGCCAAGUAAAAGAGUACCUUGAUGUCAUCAUAAAAGAGUGCAAUGCGCUGGAUGUGAUUCACAAGGAGGAUGAUUUGAGCAUGCUUGAGAUUGGCGUAAAGCCGAACUUUCAGAGUUUAAAAAACAGUAAUGGAUGUAUGAAGAAGAAAAUGGAAACUAUACGAGGCCUGUCGAAGGAACAGAUUGUUGUGCUGAUGAAUACAUCACUGGAUGUUGAUGGAGUGGAGAUUCUGCCGGGCGAUGUGCUUAUUAGUAAGAAGAUCUUAUGCGAGUCUGGAAUAUCUCAAGCAUUUGACGGGUUUGGCAUUAUUAUUGAUAACACAAUGAAUAGCAAGGUUAUUGAGAUGAAGGCAGCAAGGGAAUUCCACAGCUACAUUCAGAAGCUCCGGAAGCACGCAGGGCUGAGAGUGAGUGAUGCUGUGGAUGUGGAUGUUGAGUGUGCUGAGCUUAAAGAAAUUGUUUCGAAGCAUUUUGGAAUAUCAUUUGGUGACUUGGGUAUUCUAGCGGGUGAAGGCACAUAUGAAUACAAUCAGUCUGUGUAUCGUGUCCGUCUCUACAAGAGACACUGA